AUGGCUUUACCUGACAAUUCCAGUGGUGUUCCAGGAGAGGAACUGCCUUUCCCAGAGAUUAUUGAGCUAAAUGUCGGGGGCCAGGUCUACAUAACCCGGUACUCGACCCUCAUCAGUGUGCCAGACUCUCUCCUCUGGGAGAUGUUUAGCCAGAAAAGCACCAAGGGGCUGGCGCGCGACACGAAGGGACGUUUUUUCGUCGACCGAGAUGGCUUCCUGUUCCGUUACAUUUUGGACUACAUGCGAGAUCAGCAGCUUGUGCUUCCUGACCACUUCCCAGAGCGGGGGAGGCUGCAGAGGGAAGCAGAGUUCUUCAACUUGCCCGAACUUGUCAAACUGUUGGCACCAAAGAUCAGCAAGCAGAACUCCCUGGGUGACGAGGGCUGCCCAAGCGACCCAGAGGAGUCCUCCCCGAGCGCAGACGCCGCUCGUAGCCUGGCGUCGCUGGGAGCGGCCGCUGCGACCUGUGCCGGUCUGGGCGUGGGCGGGACUGAUGGCAAACGCUCUGGCUUCAUCACCAUCGGCUAUCGCGGGUCGUACACGCUCGGUCGCGACAGCCAGACGGACGCCAAGUUCCGGCGAGUCGCGCGGAUUAUGGUCUGCGGAAAGACCUCACUCGCCAAGGAGGUUUUCGGAGAAACCCUGAACGAGAGCCGAGACCCCGACAGACCUCCAGAGCGCUACACGGCCCGCUAUUAUCUCAAAUUCACCUUCCUAGAGCAAGCUUUCGAUAAGCUGGCAGACGCUGGGUUCCACAUGGUGGCCUGUAACUCCACUGGCACCUGUGCCUUUGCCCACGACCAGACCGAUGACAAGAUCUGGACCAGCUACACUGAAUAUGUGUUCUACCGUGAGUGA